CAGAAAGGCUGCAAAAGCAUUCGCGGGUCCAAAGUUGUACAAGCGCGUCGACUUGCUUUCUUCGCUUCCCAGGCAUCGUAGCUCAUCGCAGCCUCGCCUGAUGCAGCCUGAGCCUUGACCGCUCUGCCCCUUCGACCUCUGCGGCAAUGGCGCAAGUGGCAGACCGUCAUUAUUUUCCUCCUUUGGAGGAAUGUCUGAAUGGAGACACUAUCAUCAUCUCCUGGAAGCUUAUCGCAGCUGCGCUUGCAGACCAAGACGAUGUGAGACGGAAGAGCGAUGCUGUUGUACAGUUUCUUCAAGAUGAUUGCGUGCGAUCCCUCUUAAGAGACCCAACAACCGCUUUUGCGCCGCCGAGCGAUUCCACCAGAUCGAAGUUCGAAACGAGGACAGCCGCCAUUCACGUUACACCCCAACCGAACCAGAAAUUCGACAUCAAAAUCAUCAAGGAGGAUGCGCAGUGGCUAAGCAGGAAUGCCAAGGUCAACCUCAUUACCGCGCUUCGAGCAACAGUGGUCGAGUUCCAGUCGCGGCCAGCAAGCCACCUGACAAGCACUCUUUCCUCCCAGGACAUAGUCAACCUGCAAGAAGCUUCCGGCGUCGCGAGCAUACAAUCAUCUGCCCUGGUCCCAAUUGCCGGUGCCGCGCAGGAUGCAGAGACGAUUUGGGCUGACUUUGAGAAAGAAGAGUCAAGGCGACAACGCAUCUUCCAGACGUACCUUGCAGAAAGACGACAUUUCUUGAUGACUGCUGCGUUGGUGCAAGAGAAUGUCCUGUACACGCAGCCUUCGGCGUCAGUUCUAACAACAGUAGGCGAGCCGUCAACGCAAACACAUUUGAUCCCAGCCAACGAUCGCCCGAAAUACCUCGACGAUCUCCUGACGACAUACCUGCAGUACGUCACCGAUGCUAUCGGCCGGCUUGCCGAGGGUCUUGAAGCAGUUGUCGAGGACAAGGGCUUGCUUGGGGAGGAACUUGAGUUGGAAUGGAUGAGAACGGCUCUGACUGAAGUGGUCCAUGCUCUGACGGUCGUCUUCCAGUCCAUUGACGGCAAUGGCGAUUCGUUCGUGCCUUCUGCUGUGGUCGGCCAGUGGUUUGGCCUCAUGGAUAACUAUGGGUUUCUGAAUGGAAUUACUGCGCCGACUGAUGCAAUAUCAUCUCUCAUCAUGCCCCUGAGAUCCCUCAUCUGUGCGAUUUCUAUCAAGCUUCUGAACCCCUCGAGAUCCAUAGAAUGUCUCGCGGAAGAGGCACCAGAAUACCGCGGAGAUGAGGACCCUUACAUCACUGCGCCCGCGGUACUCGAACAGGUGCACAACGCAAUCUUGGCGGCGGCGAAUUCAGACUGCGAGAGUCAAAGCCCCAUCAUUUUUGCCUGGACCGUUGUCGUCCACCGCAUGUUCUAUUCACAUCAUGACCGAAUUGAGAAGCGAGACGCCCUGCAGAACCAGCGAUCCCAGGAGACAUUCGAGGCCGGUGUACUGAUUCGCCCCACCACCAAUCGUCGUCUUUCUGCAGGAAGUAUCGUGUCUCUCGAUGGCAAGUCAUUCGACAUCUUCCUCAACAACGUAGGACUGGACAAAGACCUGCAGGUUGUGGAGCAGCUCGCGGUGGCCGUGACAUCCAACGGACGAGCCUAUGAAGUACUAUCCGAGAUGGUACUCGCCAUAGGUGGUUAUAGCGACGGAGCCUUCUCGCCGCUUUUGGGCUCCAGAGUUCGGCUGGCGUAUAUUGAUUUCCUCAAGGCCACAUAUCCACUUGUCGGGUAUCAAUCAGAUUCAGUCACCUCCCUCCUGUCAGUCCUUGGAGCCGGUCAGCAAUACUGGGACCUUUCGAGGCCCGCGCUACACCCCUCAAAUGACAUUUUGGCCGAGGUGCUCCAGGACGCUACUGCAAUGGAGUACUACUUCCAUCAGGCCCUGAAUCGAUAUCCUUUCGAACUCUUGCCAUUCCUCAACAUCUGCCGAACUCUGGCCAACUGCGUUGUCGCGGAUGACCGGAUGGAUACAGUGGUCAACCUUCUGCGCAAAACCCCUUCUCUCACCUUCAUUCUCCCCGACGACUACCAGCAAUAUGAGCUGGCCCAGGAAGAGGACAACACCAACACUUUCUACCUUCUUGAGGACAUCCCGCUGUUCACACCAGCCACUGCAUGGAACAGACGAACCCGUCUUGAUGAUGCUUUCAGGAUACCGGCUGAGACAGUUGGACGAUUUGUUACAGAUACGGGCCGUGUCGUUCUUAUGGAAUACGAGCAUUCUGCACUUGCACUGCUUGGCAAGAGGCUGGAAGUUCAACUUGCGCCUGAGACUUAUCGUAGCGAGUUGGAUGCCUUCCAGCCAGAGGAGACAGCAGAGACGAUUGCUCUCUUUGCAACGCUUCUCCGAGCUGAGGUGCUCAAGUCUGAGAGGCAAGGCCUGAGCGGCGAAAUGUCGCUCAAGUCCGGACUGGACUUGCUGGAGGAGAUUGGCAAACACGUCUCUGGAAACAAGGACCUUGUUGCAGUUGUUUGCGAGACUAUGGAUGCCUACAUGCAAGAUGAGAAGGCGACGGAAGGUCAAGGCAUUGCGGUCCUCAACUCAUGCGUUCAGUUCUUGCACGCAAUCCUACCGUUGUGCCCAACCAGAGUCUGGUCAUAUCUGGCACGUUGUGAACUGCUCAACUCAGAAGCUCAAGCAGGCAAGCUUGCGAAGAUUACAGGCAACCUCGAUCUUGUUGGGGACCGAUAUGAUCUCCUGCUCUCGGCUGUGCGUCUAUUCGCUAGUCUCAUUGACAGUGUCAAAAGCAGCGCUGUUCAGCGCAAAUCUGGCAACAAGCUGGUCGGCCGUCAAAAGGUCUCGAACAACGUUUGGCUGGGGGUCGCAGACAAAGUGCUGGGAAAGGUCAGUCUUGCCAUUGCCCAGGCUACGGUCGACGUUUUCGAGACUUCGUCGACUUGGCGAUUCGGGUCGGAGUUGUACAAGACCCUGCUCAUUCGAUAUGUCGUUCCUGUCAUGGACCACAUCGUCUCGUAUACGUACGGGAUGGGGGACCAAGAAAGCUCACAGACUCUCACUGCAUGCCUGGAGCCUGCGGCGUCCUAUAUCAUCGACGCAUUUCUCUCGCCCUCGACUGGUUCUCUGAGGUUCCAGCCUCUCCUCACCACUUUGGUGAACGGCCUUCAGGUUCCCGACUCAACGUUCUACCAAGAGAGACUGGCUUCUGCACAAAAGCAGCUAAUCUCGGCCUUGCAAUUCACAACAACCUUGCUGCGGGUUGCAAACCACCUCGAGCGAUCAUCGGAGAUAUUCGAGGACCAUCUCUUCAAGACAUCGUCAAUUCUGGCAAGACUCUGCGCCAUUUGCGAGCAGUUCCGGCGACCAGCGCUGCUGCUUCUGGAAGCUUUGGUCCUCAGCGCCGCCAGAGCACAUGAUGACCCUCCGUCACUCCUGGGUUAUCUUGGCCCUCUUCUGUCUCGGUCGUUUAUCCAAGUUCUGUCACGACUGGACAAACCCUUCCUUGUCGCCGAGGACGUACAAACGACAUGGAAGUUCUUCUCCACAAUUGUGCAAAAUCGUCAGCAAUGGCUGUCCAACUGUCUCCUGACGGGGAAAACACCCAGAGAUGCUCUCAAAGGCGCCAAGAAGGAUGCGUCGUCUACACCCAAUUCCGUGCUCGCGACGGCUUUCGCAAAGCUCAAGGAUAUCAAGGAGCUGGAUAUUACUGAGGCACUUCGGAUCCUGGACUUUGUCGCAUCCUCCCAAAACCACUGGCCCUGGACUAUUUUCACGAUGCAGAAGGAUUCAUCAUUUUUAGACUCGCUACGUCUAUACGUCAAAGGUCUAAGCAGCUUCACAGUGACCAGCAAGGCAGAUGCUGUCAAGGCCGCUAUCGAUGCCAAGAUGGCCGCUUACAUUGCUGAAAUAUUCGCUAUGCAACUCUACCACCUUCGCCAGAUGGGCGGCGCCGAUGUCUUUGCCAAAAGCUUGGUGGCUGUCCUGGAUUAUUACCUCCGAGACGGUGUCGAGGUCUCUAGCUAUAACAACUCUCUGCACAGCAACUUUGCCAAGAACUUCAUGAGCAAAUACCCUGGAGUGUCGCUCGAGGCCUUCAAGCGGACAAUGUUGAGACCCGGCGAGCUUGGCAGAAGCUAUUUCUAUGACCUGGAGAGUGCGACUGAGAUGUUGAGCUUUGACCCUGGCUGGCACGGUCGCCGCGACAAUGGUUUCCGCAACGAAAUGGGAAUUGCGAACGCCAACCUCUCCCUGGUCGAUGCGCAAAUCUCCCUGUUCCACGCCUGGGAGUUCCUGUUGCUUGAACUCAGCAGCUCACUGCCGGAUAACGACAACAUUGCCAAGCAGAUGCUUCAAGUUGCUCAGCAGUGCCUCGAGGCAAACCGAUCCAACCAGGGCCCAGAAAACAUUUUUAUGCGCAUCGUUGAAGAGCGAGCUGACCUGAGCUUGCUGCUCAUUCAGCGUCUCGUCGGCAGGCCCAUCUCGUCUCCAGACGUCAACCAGCUUCUGGGAACGUUGUUUACCAUCAUCAGUGCCGUCGAGGAGCCUUUCAACCCUGGCUCCAUCUCGUACUACCGCACGAUGCUUAAGACCAUCUACGUCACGUUGCGCGCAUACAGCGUAGCCGACAAGAAGGGCCUCGGUGCCUCGAAGAGCGGUGGGGAGGGAUUCUCCGUCACUUUGACACAAACUGUUCUGAACCUCCUUGACCGGGUUGUUGCCAAGGGCUUCAGAACGCUCGUUGCGCUCGUGCACGACCCUGAAGCUGCCGUUGCACCCGAAGACUUGGCUCUUCUCACUGCUAUCCUACAAGCCUGCCUCAACAUGCCGACGAUUGAUCAAUGCCAAACACAGAUCCUCAACAUCAUGGCAUCCUACGACGCCAUGCAUGCGGCGACAUCGCUGUUCUCGUGGGCAGACAAAUUGGCCAUCAAUGGCGAUCCUAUAUACGGUGAGCUGAGCUUGUUAUUUCUACUAGAGCUCUCCACCCUUCCGGCGGUGGCGGAACAAAUGGCAUGUGAUGGCCUGCUCAGCCAUCUGACCUCAGCGGGCAUCACCAAUUUCAUGCGCCGCGGAAACAUCUCUCCUUUCUCCGAGGCUAUCGGACCCCAGAGAUGCUACAGCAUGUGGGUGAAGGGUGUUUUACCACUGUUGCUAAACCUUUUGACCGCCCUUGGAGGUACCGUGGCGCCAGAACUUGGCUACGUUCUGAACCAGUUCCCCCUGCUUCUAAAGUCGAGCGUCGACCGCUUCGAGGCCCCUGGCGCUAGUCGAACCGCAUCAAGAGAAGCGCCACACUACGUGACGCUUCUGUCUGUAUCGGAGGUUCACUCGCUUGCGCUCUUGACAAGAGUUAUUGCUGCUCUGCGGACGGCCAACACCAGAGACAUCCCGGAGAUCCAAUGGGAUGCUUCCUCGCUGUUGGAAAACAUUGAUUUCUGGCUGUCAAGCCGGAAGCUGUUGCGCGACAGAUUACUGCCGCUUGGACAGCGUGAGGUUGAGUGGAAGAGCACCAAGAUCGGCACCCCUGACGAGAGUGGACAUCUGGGGAACGCUCUCGAGAACAAGGUGCUCUCCCAAUUGGAGGCAGUGAGGGAUGUAUUGAGCGAAGACCUGGAGGAGUCUUGAGAACAAGAGAUUCAGAUGGCAAUAAUGAGCCGGAGGGGGUCGUUCGUCCGACCAAGGGGAAACGGAUCAAGGGGGGUAACAAUGACAGAAACAACAGGUUUAGGCGUUCAUGAGUGUAAGACGAACCUGCGUGCAUUCAUUUUUCCCAGCAGUCACUGGAUCCUCGUACUUCAUGUAGAAAUCAAAUCAGCAGAUACCCUCAGCAUGCUUGCUGGGAACUCCCUACAUCACACACGCGUACACAUAAG